CGCUUGUCGAGCUAAAAUGUGUACAAUCGAUCUGUGUGCCGUUUGCAACGAUGUUUCAGUUAUAACGAAAUAAAAAUUCAACUGCAAGUCUUUAUGGUCUUCCAAUCAAAAUCUCAUCGAAUAGAAAACCGAGAGAAUCUUUUGACGAGUGUGUUACACCUUGUGUUUUGAUCACGCACAUAUUUAAAUAUUUAUUGAAAGGAAAAUACGAAUAGAGUCAACAGAGUUCGAAUGACGUAUGACAUUUUGAGGAUCAAGAACAUCGACAACAACAAAAGAAGAUAGAGACGGAAAAAAAAACAAUCAGAAUAAUUGUUAAUGAACGUACAACGCUUUUUUACCUCUUUUCGUGUGAAUCAUUUUUCUAAAGAUUGUUAAUCAAAACAUUUAUACGGCAAACGUGCAGUUUAGCAAGAAAAAAAAUACACCGUCUUCACUUUUAAUUGAAUUUGAAUGAAAAACAACAGAAAGGCGAGAGCAAAAAAAAAAAACACAUAAAUAGAUUGUGCAAAAGUUUGUUUUUCUACUAUUUUGUUUAUUCGAUUGAGUAUGUUUAAAGCCGUGCAUUUGUGUGUCUUUGGGAUUUUUUUGGGGGGCCGCAAACUUUAUGAUUGAUCUGAUAAAUACGGAUCAGCUGUGGCGUGCCCAUUAAUCGAAAAUGCGUUGAAAAGUCAAAACAGUAAAAGGAAAAGAAAGAAAAAACCAAAGUGUGACAAAAGCGAUUCAUCGAUCAAAAGUAACAACAACAGUACAAUCUAUCGAUCGAUACGUACGCUGAUCGAUAGCAAACAGGGAAGAAAAGAGAAAAAGGCGAAUAAAAAAACGAACGAGUGAUCGCGAGCACAAAGUGACGAACGCACGUGUUUACCAAACGCUAGUUGAUACAUUGAGAAGAAAGCUUUUACUAUUCGACACCGUUUGUUGAUUUUCUUUUCUGUGUUGCUGCUGUUGUAUGUUUGUUGCCGUUGCUUUAGGAACUGUUGUUCAUCUGUUUAAAUUUGGUUUGAUUGCUUUAUCGCAUUUUGAUUGUUUUAUAAGGCAACAAGACCCGUUGCUGUUGCUGCUGCUACAUUGUUAUCAUCUUCAGCAUAUUUGUGUGUAUUGUGAUUAUGUUCAAUCCAAACGAACGGUGCUACAAUCUACUAACAUAGAUAUAGAUAGAUACAGCGAACGGUUCAAUAUCAGUCAGUACAUUUUCUAUUUUCUCUCAUUUUCCAGACGUGAAAAUCAGAGAGAGAAAAAGAAAGAAGGAAAAAAAUCAAUUUGUUUUAACAUAAACAACGAUAUUACGAAAAAUCGAAAAAUAACCGAAAUUGUGUGUAACUUGUGCGGCUUCGGUUUUAUUCAAAUGCAUUUUUUGUUUCCAUCGGCUGCUGCUACAUCGCACUGCACGCAAUUUUAUUGAAUGGGAGCGAAUUGAGGAUCGAACAGCGUCUUCAGUUCAAAUUACGAACAAAAGAAGUUUCCAUCUAAAAAAGAAAUAAAAAUUGCCUCAUUGUGCGCUUCGUUAACGCUGCCUCCGAAACGAAAUGAACUGAACAGACACAGGGACUAUGCUUAAAACAAAAAAUUAAUCACUUUGUUAAAUUGACGCAAAAGAAGACAAAAAAAAAAAAACAAAAAAUAAAACACGACAACAUAGACGAGAAACAAAGCUUAUGAUAGUAGAGAGCGGAUGAAUAAUCAUGCGGAAAGUGGAAAAUAUGUGCUAAAAUCUGAAUGAAAAAAAAAAACAAAACAUCGAAAUAAAACAAAAACCACUCACAAACGAAGUGAAUUCAAAACAAAAAUUAAGUGUAAAUGAUUUAUAAAAGUUAAGGUUAUUUCAAUCAAAUGCGUGAACUUUUUAGUGAUUUUUAAAAGAAAAGUGUUUCAGUGUAGUAAAAAUUUCGAAAGGGGGCGCGUGGACAGUUACUAAUUUAUUUUGUGUGCUCAGUGAUAAUUAAUUACAAUCUUCUUUGGAGCGUUCAAAGAAGUGUUAUUCAUCUCCACACAAACAAAAAAACCAAUAAAAAAAAUACACACGCAAUUUCAAACUGACCAAACGAAACGCGUUUUUAUUUCUUCAAGCCAUUUCGUGUACGAAUUCGUUUUCGCAAUUAAAAAUGUAUAAAUCAAACGAUAUCAAGCAUUUCCGAUUAACGCUGACUGUGUUAGUUUUAAGCUAUAUUCCAUUGAUCAGUGCGCACGUUGCAUUGACUUAUCCACCAGCACGAAAGUAUGAUUUGGAUUUUUUGGAUAAUUCACGAACGAAAGGACCAUGCGGCAUGCCAAAAGGUUCAAUACGAACAUCAUUCUUGGCUGGAUCAGCGACUAAUGUCACCUGGCAUUUGGCAUAUCCACACAGAGGAGGCUUUCGAUUACAAUUGCUAGACCACUUAGAACGUCCGGUUUUGGAUUUGACACCGUCGGUCGGUGGUACCGACUUUGUUCGCAGCGAUGUCACAGCACAAAGCUUUGAAGUACGAUUUCCAUCGGAUUUUACGUGCAUAGAUUGCACAUUGCGACUCUUACGUCAAGCUGAUGAAUGGUCGAAUGGGUAUCGAUUCUGGUCAUGCGCUGAUAUCGAUAUCAAAAGCCGAAAAGAAUUCCGCGAAACUUGCUCGGGACAUGGUAAAUAUCUUGCCAGUCGAUGUAGGUGUGAUAAGAAAUAUUAUGGAUCAAGGUGCCAGUAUAACGACGAGUGCGAAAAAGACGACGAUUGCGGCGCACAAGGUAAAUGUAUUAACCUGCAUGGAACAACUUUGCCGAGACGUCAAUGCUACUGUAACUUUGGAUGGUUCGGACCAAAUUGCUCGAAAAAAUCGCCAAUCAAAUCAAAGGAUCUUGAUCUAUCACAAUAUUCAACCAAGCAACUAUCACCUGACUAUCGCAUUCACUGGCGCAUAUUGAAAGAGAAAAAUGAAAUUGAAAUAGUUGCCGUUGUGAAUGGCACAUCAUGGGUUGGAUUGGGAUGGAGACCACGAAAACUCAAUGCGACCUGCCGCAAUUUUCCACUGCUCCAAAAGGCAUCACCGUCAGAGCAAUUGGUUAAAGCUUCGUUGAGUCAAAAUUCCAAAACACCAACAUCUGAACCUGAGCCCAAAUCACCAAAACUGGAGCCUGAAAAGGAACCAGCGCCCGAAGGAAGCAGUGAGCCUGAGCCUAAAAGUGAAUCGGAACCAUCAUCGACAAGUGAACCAUCUUCGGAACCUAAAUCAGAGCCUACCUCCGAACCGGAAAAAGAACCAGCUGCUGAGGAACAUAGUAAAUCACCUUCAAGUGAACCAAAAUCCGAGCCUACCUCAGAACCAGAAUCAGAACCAGAAGCUGAAAGCAAAGCCCCUGAAAAGGAACCAGCCCCAGAAGCAAGUAGUAAACAUCCGUCAAGUGAACCAGAGUCAAACUCUACCCCAGAAUCAGAACCAGAAGCCACCACUGAACCAGCAACAGAGCCCACCUCUUCGACAACGUCAGCACCACUUCGACCACAGCCGUUCAGACCACGUUCAUUCAAUAAAACUAAACGCGUUGUAAUUCCAUUGAGAGAACGACCAAAUAUUCAAAGCGCAAGCAAUUUGUCAAAGAGACAUACCAGAGCGGCUCUAAGAGCGGAACCUUCAAGCGAACCCGAAGGUAGCUCUGAACCAGAGCCCCCAUCGCCAGAGAAAGAGCCUGAAUCAACUCCAGAAGGCGGCCAUCCCGAACCGGGAUCUAAAUUGAGUGAGCCAAAGGGUGAGCCAUCGAGUGAGCCAUCGAGUGAGCCGUCGAGUGGGCCAUCGAGUGAGCCGUCGAGUGAGCCGUCGAGUGAGCCUUCGAGUGAGCCAGAAGGUGAGCCGUCGAGUGAGCCAAAAGGUGAGCCGUCGAGUGAGCCAAAAGGUGAGCCAUCAAGUGAGCCAGAGGGUGAGCCUUCAUCAUCAUACAAGCCAAAUGUUGAAUACAUUUCACACGAGUAUGCACCAAAACACGACUUCAAUCCAAUGGACUGUACCGAUAUUGUCAUUGGAACAGCUAGAAACCAAACGAGCCGAAUUUUGGAUUACUACACGAGAGACAGAUCAACACCGCGUCAAGAUAGUUUCUGGGGUGGAUCAAAUGAUUUGACAGCAACUGGUGGAUUUGAAGAGAAUGGCGUAACGACAAUCAUAUUCCGUAGAAAAUUGGAAUCAAAAGACAUAGCCGAUCAUUCGAUUGUGAAUGAUUUGAUGCAUGUAAUUUGGGCCUUAGGUCAAGAGCCGGGAAGAUAUGUACAUUCACCACCAUCUGGUUUGGAAAAGGAAUCAGCAUCGAAGCGAAAUUUCUACCAACCAGACGAAUUAAAAUAUCACGGUCACAAAACACAACGCGGAGUAGCUCAAAUCAAUUUCUUCGAAGACACCAAACCGAAAGCUGCUUCUGGAUCAAAUGGAACGGAUGCAUCGAUGAAUGUUCUUGACAACAAUUGCGAAGGUCAAUGGAAAUAUCCACGCACCUGUGAACCGGAAAAAUUCAAUUGUGAAUACUAUGCAUCGUGGCAGACAAUUGGUCGCGGCGAUGAAUUCCGUUUCCGCAUUCAAACCACAAACACAAAAACAUGGACUGGAGUAGGUUUUAGCGAUGACGAAAAAAUGUCGCAAACUGAUGCUAUUAUCGGAUGGGUCGAUCCAAAUGGUAGACCAUUCUUGAUGGACACUUGGAUUACCGGCUACACAGCACCCAAACUCGACGACAAUCAAAAUAUCCAUAACAUUUCUGGGCGCAUUCAAAACGGUGUGACAUUCCUUGAAUUCACACGAAAACGCGAAACAAACGACAGAAGUGAUCUAUCAUUCACCGACGAUAAAUGUCUGUACCUCAUGUUCCCGGUGCUUGGCGGCCGUUUUAAUGCCGUCAAUAAGAAGAUGAGCAAACAUGAGCAGACGCCGGUGGUUACCGAUUCAAGAAUCUGCAUCAAAUCGUGUGGUCGCGAAUUGAUCGACAAUAGUAUAUUGCCAGUAGAAAAAGGGCCUAGUCAAUUGGCGUAUGCGGUCAGUGUAAAAUUAAUGAAUUUAGCUGAAUCGUUUGAGUCGCCAGCAAAAGGAACGCCUGAAUUCGACAGUUUGGCAUCCCAAAUUGCCAAUUCGAUGGCAGGUGUUCUAAGCCAUAUCCCCGGUUAUACCGAAACCGAAGUAAACAGUUUUGAAAAAGACAAAAAUGCAGUCAUUGCAAAGAUGAAUGUUCUUUUCGAUAAGGCCGCCUACGAAAAGAGCCAAGCCGUUAAGGUUACCGAUAGCAAUGAAUUGAAAGAAGGCGAACCGGAUGCCGAAGAAGAUGGUAAAGUUAUCAAAGACACCAUUCUCAAUAGCAUUCAGUCGGCCAAGUUGGGCGCAUUGACUGUUGACCCCGGAUUUUUGCAUUUCCGCACACUGGAUCACAAAUUUGAAGAGGAUGAAGCAAGAACAUCAUUUUUCAAUUUAUCAGAAGUUCGAUUGUACACGGUUAUUGGAUUGAUCGCAGCUCUAGUCUUUGUGGCUUUAUUACAAGCCGCAUGCACCAUUUACAAAACUUCUUCAUCAAGUCGAAAUCAAAAGGAUAAAUUAAUACCGAAUUCAGCAUGGAAGGAUUAUUCAGCGAAUACAAACUAUGCAUUUGACACGGUCGAUGGAUCGCAUAUUCCAUCAGAUGAGAAACAACAAAAGCGAAACGGUUCGCGUAUGAACACAUCGUCCAGUUCACAACAAACACUUCCACUGUCACAUGCCCCAAUGAAAUCACACUACUAUAACGUCGACAACGGUGGCCGUCAUCAUCAAAUGUCGCCAUACGAAAAUGGAUAUUCGAGUGGCCAGUAUUCAAACCGCUACGGAAAUGAUCGAACGUACUCAUUGCCUCGUACCGCAGCCGGUGCAUCAUCGCACGGCCAACGCUAUUCACACCAACCACAGCCCGAUGGCUAUUAUACCCAAGAUCGUCGUCGCAACAACUCAAGGUCAAAUCAUCAUUCGAUGGAAGAGGCAGCAGCUGCAACAACGGCCAUGGAUAAGCCUGACUUUUAUUUCAUGCCAUCGCAGCGCAAAUAUUCCGGUGAAGUUGUACGCGUCUACGUCGAUUACAACAAAGAUACGAAAAAUAGAAACAAUUAGAAUUAAAUGGAAAACAAAUGGGAAAAAACAGAACUCUUCAUUGUGUCAGUGUGCUUUAAUUCGAUAUAUAUAAAUAGUGAAUUUGUCUUUUAAUUUCGACGAGCAAAUUGAACGGGAAACAUGUGUAUGUGUUUUUUUUUUCGUUUAAUUUCGCAUCUUAUUUGUUUUCUCAGCAUACAUUGUAAUAUUCGGUGAGUGCCACUAGAAAAAUAUUCAGACUUAUUUAGUGCGUGAGACGCAUGGUCACUCAUUUAGUGAGUGAGACGCACGCGGAUGAGAUGAAGCAAAGCAAAAGAGAAGCGGGCAACUCCAUACGAACGAACGAUAUAGCGCGCAUACAUUUCGUCACUCCGUCGUUAGAAUACGGACACAAACACGUAGUACCCAUUGACUCUAUGUUCUAGUUGCGCGCUUCCCUUUCGCUUUGCUUCAUUCCAUCCGCAUGCGUCUCACGCACUAAAUGAGUGUGGAUAUUUUUUUAGUGGCACUCACCGAAUAUUACAAUGUAUGUUUCUCAGCGAAGAAAAGAAAAUUGUUUUUUAAUCAUAAGGAUAGUCGUUUUGGAAUGUAUUUCCUCUCUUUUUUGAAUGCGUAAAAUUUGUUGAUGAAUCUUUGAAGAUACUCAAAGGAAAAUACCGUUUUUCUUAAUCUGUAGUUGGGUAUUGUUUUUGUUUUAUCGAAUUAGCAACAACGAAAAAGAAAAUAUUUUUUUAAAUACUGCAAACAAGUCGAAACCAUAAGCAAUUAGUGCCUAGUUAAGUAGUAACAUUUUACUGCAAUCGCAAAUCAAGCCGGUAGAUUUAUGAAACCGCUUUUGUAUCAUUCAGUUUAGUCGCAAAUGAAGUGCAUGUAAAUAUUGCACACAAUGUACAUUUUAAAUAUAAUUUACCGUUUAUUAUUUAUAUACGGGCUAAACAUAGGGUACACACAAACACAGUAUAGCAAUUUAUUAUUUUUAUUGUAUAAAGUGGUUGUCAUGAAUCGCAACGUCAUUAAACGACAAUUUUUCAAAAAGAA